UCUAUCCUCUAUAAAAGCAGCUUCAAUAUUGCCCUUCUUCACUCAUCACAAAACACAUAGUCUACAGUUUCCUCCUAAGUUUUCAAAAAUGGAGUUCCUCCAUAUCCUCACCUAUCUUUCUUUGGCUAUGGUUGUGAGCUAUGCUGCAGUGGCUCCUGAAACAUAUUGGAAAUCUGUGUUGCCAAACACUCCCAUGCCCAAAGCAGUCACCGAUAUUCUCCAUAAUGAUAAGAGCACGGAUAUCCAAGUUGGCAAAGGCGGCGUAUCCGUUAAUGCUCCUGGUGUAAAUAUCGGUGUUGGGAGCGGCGGAGUAUCUGUACAUGCUCCUGGCACCAACGUUGGUGUUGGUAAAGGGGGCAGUGUAUCUGUUCAUGCCCCUGGCACCAACGUUGGUGUUGGAAAAGGCGGUGAUGCAUCUAUGCAUGUUCACAAACCAAAACCAAAACCUAAAGGGGAUUGUGAGAAGAUAAGUGUUGGCAAAGGAGGUAUUAUCGUACGUUGUCAUAACAAGAAGAAGCCAGUAAACGUACACGUGUCUCCAUUUUCCUACAAGUAUGCUGCCAAUGAUGAUCAACUCAAAGAUGAUCCAAAUGUUGCCCUUUUCUUUGUUGAAAAAGACAUGCAUCAAGGCAACACUAUGAACUUGCAUUUCACCAAAACUACAAGCCCAUCGUCAACUUUCUUACCGCGUAACGUUGCUGAUACAAUACCCUUCUCAUCAAAGAAGCUCCCCGAAUUGUAUACGCGCUUCUCCAUCAAACCUAACACCGAAGAAUCUGAAUCAAUGAAGAACACGAUCACCGAGUGUGAAGAUAAGGGUAUGGAAGGUGGGAAGAAGUAUUGUGCUACUUCAUUAGAGGCCAUGGUGGAUUUUAGCACAUCUGAGUUGGGUAAAAAGGUUAAAGCGGUCUCAACAGAGGUAAACGCUAGAAGGCAUACUCCGUUACAAAAGUACACCAUCGAAGAAGCGAAGAAAUUGGCCUCGGAUGUAGCAGUGGCUUGCCACAAACAAAACUACCCAUACGCGGUUUUCUAUUGUCACAAAACCACCACCACCAAAGCCUAUAUAGUAACGUUGGUGGGUGAAGACGGUACAAAAGCUAAAGCAGUAGCGGUGUGUCACACAGACACUGCAAAAUGGAACCCUAAACAUUUGGCGUUUAGAGUUCUCAAAAUAAAACCGGGGACUACUCCGGUUUGUCAUUUCCUACCUGAGGAUCAUGUUGUUUGGGUGCCUUAUUAACGAUAUAUUUCUAGUAAUUUAUGAUAUAUAAUAGAGAAUAAUUAACGCCCAUUUGGUUUGAUAUGUAUCUUAGGGCUUGUAGUUUGCAUUAGAGAUGCCAUUGAUGUACACUAUUAUAAGAUACGAUUGUAUGUGAUCAUAUCUUUGUAUUUGAUUUUCAUAUGUUUAUAUUGUUUUGUAAAUGAGAUUGCCUUGUGGAUAUAUAUAAUCAAAUAGUAUA